GAAUAGUAAGUCCAUUUUCCUUUAUUUUCCUAAUUUCUUAUUCUCUUGUAUUUUGCCCAAUCCAAAAUGCCAGACAAUCAGGUUUAUUUAACUUGUGAUCAAGCAACAAAAUUAAUACCGAAUUUUGACGGUAACAAAAAAGAUUUUCCGCAUUUUAUAAAUUGCAUUGAAAUUGUUCAACGUAGAAGUAAUCCUGAGAAUAUGCCCUUAUUACUAGAUGUUGUUAAAACAAAAUUGACAGGCUCUGCAUAUAAUGCAAUAAGAUAUCGUAGCAUAGAAUCGUGGGAUGCAUUAAAAUCUCAAUUAAAACAAAAUUUCUCGGAAAAACGUACAAUCCCUCAUUUGGAAGCCCAAUUAGCUUCUUUAAGACAAAAACCCAACGAGUCUGUAGCAGAAUAUACCAGUAAACUUGAUAGUAUCAUAGAACCGCUCAUAAGCGCAUCGUGUGAAGGUAAGACAGACGCGGCAGUAGUAGUAAUAGAGGAAUUAUUAAAAAAACGAGCAUUGCACUCAUUCAUUUUAGGCCUUAAGCAGCCGAUAAAACUUUUAGUCGAAUCACGCAAUUUUGAAGAAUAUGAGUUAGCCGUUGAAGGCGCUAUACAAAAAGAGCGCGAAAUACUACUAGAGAAGGAAAGUUUUAAAUUUGUGCAAAAUUUUGAUCGUAAAAUAGUACAACAUCCUCAGCAUCGAAAUUCAUACCAAGUUAAUAAUAGAAAUAGUAAUUUUAAUCAUAAUUAUAGAGAACAACCUAAUUCAUUUCGUAGGGAAAGUACUUUCAGUAGUAAUAAUAAUAGGGUGAAUUUUUCUACCUUAAUAUGCGCGUAUUGCAAAAACAAAGGUCACCAUAUUAGGGAUUGUAGAAAGAGACAAUACGUGAAUAGCACUCAGUCGAAUAGUAACAGUAAUCGUAAUCCUAAUUUUAAUAAUAGAAUUUCCGGCAAUAACCGAUCUGCUCAGCAGUCGGGAAACUUCUCUGCGGAAGCAUCAAGCAGCCCGAUGACUUCUGCCCGAACUUUCAAGUAGGCUGUAUUAAAGAAAAUAAGUUUAAUAAUAAAUGUAUAAGUUUUUCUGUAGAUGUAGCUGACAAAAAUAGAUUAGUUUUACUUAUAGACAAUGGAGCUGACAUAAGUCUCAUCAAAAUUUCAAAAUUAGAUGAUGAUUGCUUAAUAAACACAAAUAAAUCGUCAAAUAUAAUAGGUUUAGGGGGAGUGGAAAUUAAUACAAUUGGUACUAUCAUUGCUACAAUAACGUUACCCAACUCUCAAAAAAUUGAGCAUGAAUUUCACGUUUUACCAAAACAAGUAGCUUUUCACGAAGAUGGUAUUUUAGGACGAGAUUUCAUGCAAUUGCACAAAAUUUUGAUAAAUUAUAACAAUCACACCUUUCAUAUCGGAAAUAAUAUAUUAACAUUAGAAGAUUCCUCUCAUAUUGUAAAAAUAAAACCACGUAGUGAACAGUUUAUUAAUUUCAUUACGAGAUCGUCGCGCGAAGGCUUAAUAGAACCAUUUGAGUUGUCACCUGGAGUUUUUGUUAGCUCAUGUUUAACACAACCCCUUGACAAUAGAUGUAUCGCUAGUGUUCUAAAUACUACGGAAGAAGAAAUAGAAAUAAAUAUCCCUGAAAUUAAAUUACAACCUUUUGACGUUGAAACUUCUUCAGUUUUCAGUAUUUCAAAAUUUAAUACAACCAAUCGUUUAAAAAUUUUACGAGAUAACAUAAGGUUGGAUCACUUGAAUUCCGAAGAAAGAACUAAUUUAUUAGAAGUUGUUGAAGAGUUUAGUGAUAUAUUUUACUUAGAUGGCGAUAAACUCUCCUGUACAAACGCGGGUGUACAUAGAAUAAAUAUAAAAUCAGACGUAGGACCAAUAAACGUAAAGCCAUAUAGGUUACCAGAAUCCUUAAAUAAUGAAUUGGAGACACAAAUUAAUAAAAUGCGCGAAGAAAAUAUCAUUCGUCCAUCUAAAUCACCUUGGAAUUUUCCAAUCUUAUUUGUUCCGAAAAAGGCAGAUGCAUCAGGAACUAAAAAAUGGCGAUUAGUGGUCGAUUACCGCAAACUAAAUGAUGUCACUAUAGGUGAUGCCUUUCCGUUACCUUCCAUCGCGGACAUUUUUGAUCAGUUAGGUAAAUGUCAGUACUUCUCCACUCUGGACCUAGCGAGUGGAUUCCAUCAAAUUCCGUUAGCCGAGAGUGAUAAAGAAAAAACAGCUUUUAGUACGCGAUUCGGACACUUUGAAUACAAUACAAUGCCCAUGGGUUUAAAAACGAGUCCGAGUUCAUUUCAAAGGAUAAUGAAUACAAUUUUAAGCGGUUUACAAGGAAUAAAAUGUUUUAUUUACCUUGACGACAUAUGUGUUUAUGGAAGUAAUUUAAAGGACCAUAAUGAUAAGUUAAAAGAGGUUUUCAAAAGACUCCGCUCAGCAAAUUUAAAACUACAGCCCGCGAAAUGCGAAUUUUUGAGAAGAGAAGUUACAUAUUUAGGAAAUCUUAUAACAAGUAACGGCAUACAACCUGAUCCAUUAAAAACAGAAGUAAUAAAAAACUACCCUGUUCCUAAAAACGUGAAACAAAUAAAAUCUUUCCUCGGUCUUUGUGGAUAUUAUCGACGAUUUGUUAAAAAUUACGGCUCAAUUGCGCUUCCGUUAACGAAACUUUUAAGAAAAGAUGUAAAUUUCCAAUGGUCCGAUAAAUGCGCAGAAUCCUUUCAAAAUUUAAAAGACAUUCUUAUUAGUGAACCGUUGCUACAGUAUCCUGAUUUUGACAAGAAAUUUAUUUUGACUACUGACGCAAGUCAGGUCGGAAUCGGUGCUAUUUUAUCACAAGGCAAAAUUGGUGAGGAUCUCCCCGUGGCGUAUUGUAGUCGAGCUCUAAAUAAAGCCGAAAUUAACUACAGUACUACCGAAAAGGAGUUGCUGGCGAUCGUGUGGGCCACGAAGCAUUUUCGUCCUUAUUUGUUCGGCAGACUGUUUACUAUCGUUACGGAUCACAAGCCUUUAGUUUGGCUAUUUAGCGUAAAAGAUCCUGGAAGUAGGUUACUGAGGUUCCGAUUAGCUCUUGAAGAAUACAAUUACGAAAUAGUUCAUAAGGCUGGUAAAAUGAAUAUAAAUGCUGAUGCCUUAAGUAGAUUACCAUAUCAAAUUAAUACCAUAACAUCUACUGAUUACAACCAAUUUAAAGAAAUCUUAGGGUCACAGUUGAUUCAAAAUAAUAAAGUUAUCGAUAUUUCAGGAGAUAUUGUAAAUUCAGUUUCGACACAUAUUUUAAACUUUGUUUCAAAAGAUAAUAUUCCUAUUAACAGUAUCACUACUACUCUCCAAUCGACGUAUAAUUAUUUUCUAGGAAACGAUCUUAAAGACUAUAAUGUAGGAAGUAUUUUCAUAAAAGAUAUACAAUUUAAAUCAAUUAUUAAUUUAAUCUUGGUGGACAGCAAUGAUAAAACUGUUACAGGUGAAAAGUUCUGGGAAUAUUUAAAUAAAAUUAAGGAACAAUGUUUAAUUAAUCAUAUUAUCAGUUUAGCUAUUCCUAAAGAGAUAUUUGCUAAGGUAAAGGUUCCAUAUGAAGAAAUUCGUUCAAUGUUUCGCUAUGUUUUUAAAAAUACUCCUGUGGAAAUUUCAAUUUAUGAACAUAAAAGCGAAUACUCUAGAGAAAAAAUACAAAAGUUAUUACAUGAAUUUCAUGACAUUCCAACGGGUGGUCACAUAGGUUUUAGUAGGACGUAUAAUAAAAUAAGAAAAUAUCAUUCAUGGCCUGGAAUGAAAAAUGAUAUUUGUAAAUAUAUAAGAAAAUGCGAUAAAUGUCAAAGAAACAAAUUAGCUAAUGUUCAUAAGUAUCCAUUAAUAAUAACUGACACUGCAAUUCGUCCUUUACAGAAAUGUUUUGUUGAUAUAGUCGGACCCCUUCCGACUACUGAAAAUAGUAGCAAGUAUAUUCUCACUUUUCAAGAUGCUUUAACAAAAUAUUCCGAAGCUUUAGCAUUACCAGAUCAAGAAGCAGAAACUGUAGGUCACUAUUUAGCAACAAAAAUAAUAUGCAAAUUAGGUGUACCAGAGACGUUAGUUUCCGAUCAGGGCACCAACUUUCUUAGUAAUAUCAUUAAACAUAUUUGCAAACUUUUUAAAAUUAAUAAAAUUCAAACUACAGCGUAUCAUCCGCAGGCAAACGGUCAAAUCGAAAGAUCGCACAGAGGUUUAGCCGAAUAUUUAAAAAAUUUCAUUAACGAUAAACAAACAGAUUGGGAUCGUUGGUUAGAUUAUUAUACAUUCGUUUAUAAUACUACCCCUCAUACAACGACAGGUUACACUCCUUAUGAGUUAAUGUUUGGUCGUAAACCAAUAAUACCAAGCUCUAUUGAGAAAUUACCUCAAACUCAAUAUACAUUCGAUGACUACGUACAAAACAUUAAGCAUAAAAUGCAACUUGCUUGGAAUCUUGCUAAUAAACGUACUAUCAACUCAAAAGAACAUUCCAAAGAGUAUUAUGAUCGGUCAGCUAAAAUACGCAAAUUUUCUGUAGGAGAUCUAGUUUUACUUUAUGAUGAAUCAGUUAGGCGUGGAAGAUCAAAAAAGCUUUCAUCUCAAUGGAUAGGUCCGUAUAAGGUCUUAGAUAAAAAGUCAGAUGUAAACUAUGUAGUUAAAAGAGGAAACAAAUCAGUAGUAGUUCACGUAAAUAGAUUAAAACCUUAUUUUCGAGUAAAAACGAAAAUUAACUAUGUAUAUUUUUGCAGAUCAUGA